AAUGCUUUUCCCUCCUUACUUUUUCUUUUAGAAAAGAGAUUGGCAUAUUCAACUAUGGGGUCUCCCUCAGACCCAGAGGAGACAAAGAUAUCUGUGUGGGUCUGCCGAGAAGAGAAGCUGGUCCUCGGCUUGUCAAAGCGCAACACCUGCGCUGAUGUCGUGAAAGUGCUCCUGGAGGAGCAGUGCGCGGAAACAGGCCUUUCCACGGCGGAGUCUUAUUGCAUCGUGGAGAAAUGGAGGGGCUUCGAGAGAAUUUUACCGAACAAAACCAAACUUUUAAAGCUGUGGCUCGCGUGGGGAGAUGAACAGAAAAACGUCAAGUUUCUGCUGGUGAAAACAGGCGCCUCUUUGGAGAACCGCAGGGCCCGGAGCGCAGAGGCGCGUGUGGUGCCGAGCAAGCAGAGCCCCUGCGUCACCAAAGGGUCUCCGAGGUCUAACGUGGCCUGCAUCUCACCGGAGAAACAGCGUCGGAUUGUUAGGAAAGCUUUCAGAAAGUUGGAGAAGAUCAACAAGAAGAGGACGCGGGCGGCGCACAGAGACGCAUCCAGUGCAGAGAAGAUGGAGACUUUGGUUCAUCUUGUUGUGUCUCAGGACCACACAAUCCGCCAGCAGGUUCAGAGGAUUACAGAACUGGACUCGGAGAUCGAAAGGUGUGAGGCAAAGGUGCAUCUGGACAGAAUUAAAAGACACGGGGUCAAUUACGUGCAGAACACGUAUCUGGUGGGCGCAGUUUAUGUCCCAGCGCAGGAAGGAAAGGGACUUUACUCAAAAGAGAGUUUUGCCAAGCUUGAAGAGUAUGCUCGGCAGUGCGAGGAGGUGCUGAAGCUAGAAGAGGAGCUUUCUGAACAGGAGGCUUUGAUAGAUACGAUCACAACUCACAUUCAGGAGGAGCUGAACCUCCGCUGGAUGCAGCGCAGGAAGGAGGAGUUGCGCAUCAAACGUUCCUCAUCUCUCUCCUCCUCCUCCCAGGCAGACUCAGCAUCGCAAAGCGCGCAAUUUAUGGAGGAAGAGAGGAUCAAAACGCAGCUAGAUGCGAGUUUAUACAUCGGUCUGCGACUCAACACGGAUUUAGAGGCUAUUAAGGGCGAUUUAGAGCUGUCCCAGCAGAUUGGCGCUGCCAGGGAGAAGGAAAUGAGGGAUUUGCUGGACAAAGUGAACAGUAUGGACAUGGAGGAGGAGGAGGACGCCGAUGAAAAGACGCGCCACGGGACAGAUGACAAGGAGACCAUGACUGACGCUUUGGAAGGGGAAAGCGAGUGGGUGGAGCAAGCGAGAGGUCUGUCUAAAGCAGAAAAUGUGAACGAUGAUGACUCAGAUACAGGCUUGAGUUCUCUGCACAGUCAGGACUCAGACGGCCUCCCAGUGUGGGAAUCACUGGUUUGAGAUUUUACAAGAAAAGUGGCUCAUAUAGAGACAUUGUGCUCACAGUCUCAGGUAAAAACAUCACUGAAGUCUAUUUUUAUAUAAUUGAGAUAUAGAGGAUAUGUGAAGUUACAGCAGUGAUCACAGAGCCAUGAUAU